CAGGAAAUAAAUCACGGAAGUAGCUAGCUGACACAUCCAUGCUUCUUUAAAAUAGCUGUGAUAUUGCAAUUUCGAGAUGCAAAGUGACGAGCAGAAUUCGGGGAUUUUAUAAUGCACAAAAUAUGAACUAAUAGACAUGACAUUUGAUAGGUAAAAGACAUGAGGAGACGUACAGUGUGGUCAACGAUAUCUAGCCAUGGUUAGCCUAGCAACCGACACCUGUGACCACAAUGACCAGUCCAUAAACUACACUAACGUUACAGUAUGAGCAAUUCAUCAACCGAUGUUAAUCUGCCUCAGCUAAAUUCUCUCUGAGUUUCGCAUCUGUCCUUGCCUCGGUUUCGGAAGAGGAUAGCGUCGCUACGGUAUCUGCCUGGCACAUUUCGUAUUUGAAUGACUAGACGGGAGUCGGGAGCAUGUUUCAGAAGACCUCUUUCACGACGCUGAUAGUCGGGGUGUUCGUUGUGUAUGUUUUGCACACUUGCUGGGUGAUGUAUGGCAUCGUUUACACCACACCGUGUGAGAACCCCAAAUUCGAAAACUGCAUCAACCCAUAUUUGGCAGGAAAACCAAGAUUGCAGCUGAGUAUCUACACAGCCUUGCGACCCAAUGCUGAUGGGGGACACACCCUCAUUCACAAGGAGGAGGACUUUGAUGUUGAGACCAAGUUUGAAAGGAUAGUGAAUGUGUCUCUCCCAAAGAAGACCUGUAAGAAUGGGACGCUGUAUGCCAUGGUGUUUGUUCACCAGGCAGGUAUGUCCCCGUGGCAGGACCCCAGACAGGUGCAUCUGGUGUCCCAGCUCACCACCUACAUGAUACCCAAACCACCAGAGGUCAGCCUGAUCUCAGGGGAGGAAGCACCACAGGCGGAGCAGCAGAAACGGAAGCCUAAAGGAGGUGACUCUGCAGUGGAUCGGCCCGUGUCUCACUGGCGCUCCCGUCUCACCCUCAAUGUGGUGUCAGAGGACUUUGUCUUCGACGGGGACUUUCUGCCCAGCGACGUGCACCGCUACCUGCGAGUAUUUCAAAAUGGAAAGAAGAGGAUGUACCUUCCACUGCUGUUUGUGGAUGAGCUGAGCAACAGAGUGAAGGACUUGAUGGAGAUCAACAGCACCAGCACGGAACUUCCUCUCACUAUCUCCUAUGACACCAUCUCCCUCGGGAAACUCCGCUUCUGGAUUCACAUGCAAGAUGCCGUCUACUCCCUGCAACAAUUUGGCUUCACUGAGAAAGAUGCUGAUGAAAUCAAGGGCAUUUUCGUGGAAACCAACCUGUACUUCUUAGCCCUCACCUUCUUCGUAGCUGCCUUUCAUCUCCUGUUUGAUUUCCUGGCCUUCAAACAUGACAUCAGCUUCUGGAAGCAGAAGAAAAGCAUGGUGGGGAUGUCCAGCAAAGCAGUACUGUGGAGGUGUUUCAGCACCAUUGUGAUUUUCAUGUACCUGUUUGAUGAGCAGACCAGCCUGCUGGUCCUCAUUCCUGCUGGAAUAGGCUCCAUGAUCGAGGUGUGGAAGGUGAAGAAAGCCUUUAAAAUACAGGUUAUCUGGAAGGGUGUAAAACCCACAUUUAUUUUUGGAAAGUCUGACGAAUCAGAGAGGAGGACUGUAGAGUAUGAUACUCUUGCAAUGAAGUACCUGUCCUAUUUACUCUACCCAAUGUGUAUUGGAGGAGCGGUUUAUGCCUUAGUGUUUUUGAGAUACAAAAGUUGGUACUCCUGGAUCAUCAACAGUUCAGUGAAUGGAGUGUACGCUUUUGGAUUCCUCUUCAUGCUACCUCAACUCUUUGUUAACUACAAGUUCAAAUCUGUGGCACAUCUACCCUGGAAAGCAUUCAUGUAUAAAGCAUUCAACACCUUUAUCGAUGACAUAUUUGCCUUCAUCAUCACAAUGCCCACCUCCCACCGGUUAGCCUGCUUCAGGGAUGAUGUGGUCUUCCUCGUCUACUUGUACCAGAGAUGGCUGUAUCCUGUUGAUAAGACCAGAAUGAACGAAUACGGACUGUCUUACAAUGAGGAAGACAAACCCAAAGGAAAGGCCCACAAAGACUAAAACUGAUCACAGACACACAUGCAGGUCCUGAGAGCCAUAUGUAGAAUAUGGACCUACACGUUGCUGUGUUGGGAUUGGGUACAAUGCCUAUAAAACACAUUGGUGUUAUUUGUCAAAAGGUGGAUUUGCCUAGGGAAGGUUCAGUUAUCCUUACUGCCCUGCUAAGCCCCUCACUCCCAGCGAGUCACCACCCACCCACCAACCUUAUACCUACCCAGACCAUUGAAGACUUGAGUGGGCUUUCCUAAGCAAUGUGUUGCCUAGCACAGCACUGGUUGAAUUGCCCGCAGCUGCCUCCAGUUGAAGGAGCAUGGACCAACCCAUUAUGUAUACCAUGAUUGGUGAAUGUGUUUGUCUAUGGAAUGAGACCAACUCAGUCCCACACACCCCUUGACUGCCGACACCUGUCUCCCCCCCCCCCCCAUCCAACUUAUUAAAAAAAAGAACACCUGGUGUUUUCAUAUUAUGAUGUCAUCAUCAGGAGACGCUGACUGAUGUCACCACGUUUUGUUCUCUUGGUCAAAACGUACAGAAUCCUGUUUGAUCAUUCAGGAGAAGAUAUGUGCAUUGGUUUGUAUUUGACCUUGUAAAGUAUUAGAACAUGAAGACCACGAGAUGAUGGUGCCAAAUAUGGGAAAUUAUAUUUGAUGUGCUUUGAAUGUGAAAUUUUGUGAUGUUACAUUUUGUUAAUUGUUAUUAAAGCAUUUGAUAAUG